AAGGUGUGCUUUCUGGCUCAGACUGCUUUAUGUCCAGUUCCUUCUAGUUCGACGUACUGAUCGGACAGACGGCACCGACCCCUUGCCUACGACUUCAGUUGUAUCCUCUGCACAAUGGACCCAUCAACGAGGUAUGGUUCAUCUCAGUCGAUCCAGCGUGGCAUGCACAAUGCCACUUGCAACGAUGGCGGCUUAUGCGGCCCGUCUGGACUACGCACUGGCACCAGUCAGAGUGACUCCAUGUCGGCGUCAACCGUGAAUGCUGGUGACUCUCUCGCAUCUUACAACAACGCGUACUCUCACUCAUCAUGCCCGUCUUCAGGUGGCUCCUAUGAGUUGUUGCCCCUUAUGCGCUCACUGUCCACCAUGCAUGCGGUCACCAUGCAGGGACUUUCCACAGUGCAGUCGCUGCCGCCGUGGCAGGAGAGCGACAACGAGUCAUGGCAGACCGAUGACGGCUUCGACCACCCAUGCGGGGCCUGGCGGGUGGACACCGAUGUCGGCAACCCACCCGAAAACGCGCAGGAUUCGCAUUGGGUGGGUGCUGGUGGCGCCCAGUCGGCUGCCGAGGUGCGGCUGCCAUCUCAGCCCACACGCGCUUCGCUGCUCCACGGCGUCGUGGGGGCGGCGCCAGCCCGCUCGCCGACCAGGCUGCCCAGCACGCCCCUGCGCUUUGCCGCCGGGGCGGGAGUCGCCGUGGGCCCCCCCGGCGAUUGGUCGCGCCUGGCAGGGCCUGCCCACGCAGAGGCGGAGCCGGGCCGCGCGGUGCGGGCGAGGCAGUCAGCCAGCGGAGGGCGGAGGCAGUCAGCCAGCGGAGGGCGAGGCAGUCAGCCAGCCGAGGGCGCGGCGCGGGCGGGCAGUCAGCAAGCGGGGGGCGGCAGUCACGCUCGCGGCUGCCAGGGCGCUGGAAGAGCAGUGGGCUCGCUCCUGGAGCGGGAGCAGGUCUCCAGCAACAGGCCCAGGAGGUCAGGUGGAGACUCAGCGAGCAGGAGGCCGACAUGGUGAACCUGGAGCUUUAUCAGCGUGAGCUCGCGGGCAGAGUACCAGCGCCGACCGAGUAUGUUCCGACCGUCACCCCUGCAGCUCCAGCCAUCACUUCGCUCAUGAUCAAGAACAUCCCGAUGGUUGUGACGCAGGGGGACCUGCUGGACCUCGUCGACCAGACCGGCUUCGCGAACGUCUACGACUAUGUCUACCAGCCGACUGACUUCGACUCUAGAACCACUCAGGGGCAUGCGUUUGUGAACUUCGUCACCCCAAGGGACGCCCGCGAGUUCUUUAUCCGGUGGAACGGGUCGCGGCUAACCGGAGUUGCUGGAGCUGGCACCAUCGCGACCGCCGUGCUCGAGGUCAAGGCGUCGGCGCUGCAGGGCUACGAGGAGAACGUCAGGAGGUGGACGGCGAGCCGGAUGCGCCGCAUUAGCAACUCCGAGCUCCACCCCUUCAUCGCCCGAAGGCUGGCUGCCCAGUGAUCGUGCGGCGGAUAGUUGCACUGUGUUAGCGGCUCGGGAUGAGAGAGACGAGGGGAACUCGGAG